AUGAACAAGCAUUUCACUGCCGUCUUUCCUGUGAAAGCGGGACGGAAAGAGAAGAAGCCUCAGAUACCCACAGCUCCAGAGGAGCCUAAGCUGUUCUUGGAACCCCAAUAUCUAGGGGCACAGAUAACGGACUUUGACAUGAGGGACGUUGUGAGGUUACCCAAGGGCCUAGAUCAGAAUGAGUGGGUCGGCUCAAAUGUUCUUGAAUUCUUCAACAAUGUAAAUGUUUUAUACGGAGUAUCGUCAGGAGAGUCUUGUACAAAUGAGACAUGUCCGAGCAUGUCAGCACCGGGGAAUACGCAAUACCUUUGGCUCGAUGACAAGGGAAAGAAAUUGAAGUUAACAGCACCACAGUAUAUCAACUAUGCCAUGUCAAAUAUACAAAAGUAUAUCAACGAUGAAUCUAUAUUACCGACAAAAUACGAUCACGUCUUCCCAAGUGAUUUUGAGGUGUUAGUCAAGCGUGUUCUAAGACUUCUAUUCCAAAUUGUAGCCCACAUUUACCACGCCCACUACGAACAGUUAAUCUUCUUCGAUCUUCAUAGGCAUCUCAACAGUUUAUUCAUUCAAGUGGUCAUCUUCUCCCAAGAAUUUAACAUACUGGACGCAAAGGACGUUUCCGUUUUAGACGAUUUGAUCGAAGCACUCGACUUAAACAAUGCAAACUCGAAAUCAGCUACAAAUAACGCUAGCGGUAGCUCGUAGUGGCUACACUAUGGAUGGGUUCUUGUGGAUCUCGCCUAAAAACAUGCUGUGAUUUAGAAUGUUCAUCUUUGGCUUAUGGGCCAUGGCUUCAGCUGGUAGCCGCAGCCGGAGUCCAUGUUUAAGACUUUGACAUAGCAUCUAAGAAUGCAGUUGAAGUUAUUUCGGGUGUCUUAAGGGAAUUCUGUUCGCCGGAAAUUCUGUCCCCCUCAUUGGAAUAUAACAUGGGCUAUAGGAGGAUGAUUCAAAAGAGGGCGCUAUCAGAAGAAGUUUGUACACAGUUUGCCGGAUUGGGGGGGGGGGGGACCGAAUCUAUGGGGGACAGAAACUCCUGCCACACCGGCACCUUGGAUUGUUUUCUCAGAGUGAUAGCAUCAAAAACACAAGCAUAGAGGCUGGAACCGGACUACAGCUACAGAGAUCACAAGUGGAUGUGACCCGGAACCAGACUUCUUAGAGUUUGUUAACAACUGGGAGUUUGACGCAGUGGCUGGGACCAGACAUCAUCAUGGUUGAGCUGGGAGUUUAGGCCUCUUAUAAAAUCAAUAUUUAAGUCGAAAAACUUUGUGAAAGGGCUGUGUACAUGUACAUUGUCUAGCGUGGAUUUAUUCGAAAGCAUGACUCUCUGAAGCUUUGUAUUAUUGAAGUGUAUUUUCCUACCUAGGGAAUUCACAAUAUAAAGCACCACCAAGAGUUUGCUAGGGGAGAGGGUUAUGGUCAAAGAUGCCAGUCACAUUAGUCUGGUCCCCUGUCUUUAUCCGCAAGAUAUACAGGUACUUGCUUUUCAGAAGCAGUUAUUUCAUUGGAUACAAUCAUUUCAUUGGGUAAACGUGCGGUGACGUCAGCAUUCUAUAUCUGUGUUUUGAUUGGUCCGAGGUGACAAUUUAAACGUAGCUGCACUUGUCAUUGUCUGCAUAUGAAUUUACAUUUAGGUAAAAGGUGAAGAUGGACAAGGAUUUACCUUCGCUGGAGGCCACUCUCUGGCGUUAUUCACAAACCCGAAAGUGUAAUUCAGAUGUUCAGGUAGACUGGGCCCCUGUCUUUCUCCGCAAAGACAGGUCCCUGCUGGCAGAUCCAGUGAGUCCAUUGGAUUCAAUGAUUUUGGAUAAACUUGCAUCCAUUAUGCCUAUUAUAACUUUACACUGCUGUCACAUCCGCAAUAGAAUUUGACUGCGUAUCUCUAUGUGAAGUGACUGAGGUCAAAGGUUAAACUACACACCGGUUUUUGAUGCCGGCCUCUGGCGCUACUCACGAGCCUCGAAGUGUAACGUCAGAUGUUCAGGCUUCAGUCUUCAUAAUUAUUGGCUUCUCUGCAAGCAAACUCUAGGUGGCGCUACUUUGUGAAUCCCAAAUACAAUUACUUUAGGGUCCUUUAAUGUGAAACCCAAGAAAUUGGGAAGUGAUUUUAUAUGAUUCAUGUUAGCCCAAAAAAAAAUACAGGGUUGGUCUUUCGACUGAUUAUUUUUUUUCCCAAAGAGCUACUGUAAGUAUUUAUGACUUGUAAAAUUGUUUUACAUAUCGUUGAUAAAAUUAAGCAAUAAGUUGAAGAUAUUAGUGUAGAAAUAUAAAGCUGUUGUAAUCAGGAAUUAAGUAAAAGGAAGAGAGCCUGCUUGCAGCACUAGUGAUUUUUGAACAAUAAUUUGAAAUAUAGGCAGAAGCUGCUAUUCUAUUCAGGGCUCGUAUAGUAGAUGACACUGGACCGCAGCCCCUCACCAAGGUGACCCUGGUUUGAUAAUCGGCCAGACCCUUAUAUGAGUUGAGUUGUGGGUUGGUUCUCUGCUGUGCCACGAGGGUUUUUCAGACCAACUUGUUUUCCUCCCUCGGGAAAAAUCAAACACUUUCGAUCUCUGGCUGUACUCUGUGGUCAUAAUGAGUAGAUGUAUAAUUAUUAUUAUAUGUCAGGCAGUUUUAUGUCUUUUUAAUGAAUAAUUAUUAAUAAGCAGGACAUUUCUUUUCAGCACUGCUAAGUCUCCCGAACACCCGAACAAUCUACUC